AUGAAGAAUUUUCCAUAUUUGAUUGUUUUAUUGGUUUUUGAGACAUUGGUAUGCAUAAAAGCCGAAACAAUAUUUCCGAUUGGAUGCCCAUUAAACGGUGUUUCAGGCUCAUUUGUAAAUGUAAUUAAAAAAGAUAACUGUGAGUGUGAGAAGGAAGUUGCUGAUACUGAGGAUUGUUUGGAUUUAUUAGAUGAAUUUCACGAAAGUAUCAGAUUACAGGAUCUGGAGGCAAUCACUAUCAUGCUUAAUAAAUUAUGUGUUAACAACUUAAAUACAGUAUCUAAUUCAACAGGAGAAACUGCUUUGCUAAUUUCAUCUAAGCAAAAUGGGUAUAUCUCUUAUACGAUCUCACUGUAUUUGAUUGAACAUGGGGCAGAUGUUAACAUGGUAGGCAUGAAUGGAGUCAGUCCAUUAAUUAAUGCCGUAAAAAGAAGCAACUUACCACUAGUAGCACUACUAUUACUUAAUGGAGCCAAUAUAGAUUACUCAGACAACCGGGACUUAUCUCCACUAUUCCAUAGUGUUAUUUCAAGAAAUUUGAAAAUGACUCACUUUUUGUUGCUUUGUGGAUCUAACCCAAAUAUCCCCGACAGAAAUGGUUUGACCCCAUUUUAUUUCUUGCUUAAAGAUGGAAUGUCAACAAAUACCGAAGAAUUCUUAGAGCUUCUUUUAGACUAUAGAGCAUCCAUAACUGAUUUAACUCUUGACGGUAAGGAUGCAAUUUCAUUUAUGAUUGAAUCUGGAGACAAACAAUUAAUGAAUAAGUUGAUUAAUCAUUCUUCAUUUUCCAAGUACAUUCUAAAGAAUAAUAUUGAAGAAGAAUAUAUUUCUGGUAAUGGAAAGUUACCUGCUAAUUCAACUCUUACGGAAAUUAACCGAAAAUUGGCGAAUGCAAGGGACAAAAUCCUUCGUAUUAUUACUGCGAUUAAAAGAGGUUUUGACAGAAAGGUUAUCUUUUCUCUGUUACUUCCUGAGCUUAAAACACGUAACAAGGAUAUAUGUAUUGUUAGGGACAAUGAAGGUCGAAAUUUGCUGUGGUGGAUGACUAAUAUAGGGGAUGAGGAGCUCAUCAAACUUUUGGUAAAUUUCUACAAGAUCCAAACUAGUAGUGGGAUUUUAGAUUUCGAGCUUUGUGAGCUCCAUGAACCUGAUAUAUAUGGAAAUCUUCCUAUUGGUCAUCUUAUCUAUAACAUUGAUUAUGAACAAGAGAAGAUUAUAAAAGACAGUAAAGAAAUGAAAAAAGAACAGUCAUUUUUUUCUAAGCAACCAACAAUAAACACUAGAAGGCCAUUUAAAGUUUCUGACAGCUUAGAACAGAUUAAUGAUUUCAAGCUUCUCAGUAGCAAUGAAAAUAAGUUAGCGAAAUUUCAAAUCUUAGAGGAAAUGCUUAUGUUUCAGAAUCCCAAAACCAAUACAACUCUUUGGUACGAACUUGUAAUGAGCUCGAGCAAUGAUAUUACUGGUGAACAAAAAAUUAUCGAGUACCUCUCAUCUCCAGCUAUAGAUUUUUACGUCAACUCAUUUAUUGUGAGAUGUUUUUGCAAACCUUUGAAAAGAUAUUCAAUUCCUACACCAAGAUCGAUACCUAUUAUUGGUACCCUAGAAUACGAUAAUUCAAUUUCAAUAUUGUCAUUAUUACUACUAUUAAAUAAGAAUUAUACAUCAAAGGUUGUAUUACAGUCUGUGUUAAGAGAGGCAAUGCUACAAAGCUUUUGGUGCAUUCAUGCAUUGCAACAUGCUCUUAUUACCGCAACCAUUUUGGGAAAGGAUGAUAUUAUUCGGGAUAUACUUUUGGGAAGAGUUCAAACACUAUCUGAAGUACUUUCUAGUUUUGACUAUUCUUCAGAAAUGAGUAUUAAAGUUGCUUCUAGAUUAUUAGGUUCAUUACCUCCAGAAUUCCCAAAUUUGGAUGAUUUAAUGGCAAUUCCUGUUACUUUUUUGGUCAGAUUUAUUAUUCUUUCAAAUGGUAUUGAAGGAGCAAAUAAAGGCAUUAAGUCCAAUUUAGAGGUAGACUUAGAUGAGAAUGAGCUAGAUAAUUUGGACAAAAUGAAUAAUAUUGAACAUAAUAAGAUUUUUCAGUACAUUAUUGAAAAAGAUACAAAUAAUAAUGAUCAAGAAAGAGAUCAAAACCUAUCAGAAAAGCAAGAAAAUACCACUUUCAUAAAUCAAAUGAACUAUAAAGGUUCUAUGGAAAAUUAUUACAUAAAUCCAGAAAUUCGACAUGACUUUUUUUUGCAGUAUCAGUUUGACUUUACUGAAAGUAAUAAGGCUAUUGAAAAACAAGAGAAAUUGGAUGAGCAAAGAGAAUUCGAGGAACAAAUGAAGUAUGUGAGAAGUGAAAUUAGAAGAGGAUAUUUUGAAGAGGAUGAUCAAAUAUUUCAAAAUGAUACAAGUAGUGAUUAUGAAUCGAUUUUUAGUAAUUUUGAUGCCAUUUUUUCUCAAAAAACUAAGUUGUUUAAUAAUUAUACUGAAAAAAAUGACGAUAUAAUCAAUCCGUCAAGUAGUAAAGCUGGAACUCGAAAAACUGAUUCCAUAGCAGGAGCUUUAAAUCUGCUCAAACAGCUUUUGUCUCCAGAAAUGACAAAAUUUGUACGCUCCAGCACUUUUGAGUAUAUUAUUAAACUACUGCAAAACUCUACUUGUAACUAUCCAAGAAAUAGUGAAGCUGAACUUUUAUUGGAAGAAAAUGAAGGUUUGUCAGAAAUGAAGGCUUUUACAAAAUUUAAAAAAAGAUUAGAAAACCUAAAUUAUCAGGAUAUGAACAUAAAUACUCAAAGUAACCACUUAAAUGAGAAGAUACAAGGAAUUCUUGAUGAUUUUGAUUACUUUGGCCAAGAUGAUAUGGAAGCCACUUCUUCGCAUGAUAAUGGGAUUGAUUCAUUGUAUAAAAGUAUGGAUAAAAAGAUGGUUCGUAGAAAAUAUUUAGGUAAUUGCUUGGUAGAACUACCAAGCAUUUGUAAUCUUGUGCUAACAAAGGAGAUAUUAUGGGUACCGAUGAUCUUAGGUCAAAAUCAAGAAUACGAUUUAGACCCAUCCACUACAUUGUUGAUAGAUUCCCAAUGUAUGGAUGAUAAAAAUGACUGUUUUAUACCAAGUUUAAACAGUGAAUACCAAAAUGUACAUCUUGGAUAUAUUCCUAAAAUACCACAUAAGGCUAAUAUUACUGAUUUGGGUUCUUUGAUAAGUAGAAAUGAGUUUUAUGGUAUGAUAAAAAAGCAUUCAAUCUGUGAUAAAUCGAGCUCUUAUACUACUUUUGAAGAAUUGUUGGCUAAGAAAGCAACAAUUAUUACUUUAUUGAAUACAAGCCCUCAUAAUCAUAUUAUCCCAUCAGCUAUUUGGGUUUAUUCCGCGAUUUUAUUGACAUCCUUAAUAUAUAUAUUACUUUGGGCAACUGUUUCUUAUUUCAAAGUAUUAUAUAUAGAAAACAUGAUCAAUGGAUGGAGCAAAGAAAAAAUCAGGAAAAGAUUGGAUUCAAUGAAAAGAUCAAAGAGGAUGAAAAAAAAGCAAAAGAAGAGAGAAAACAAAAGAAAACCAUUUGAAAAAAGUAAUGAAAACAAAAAUUUUGCCAUUGAAUCAAAAUCAAAAAUCCAAAUAUUCACAAAGAACAUGCUAAGGUAUAUAAGGAAGGGAUUAUUGAAUACAUUACCAUAUUCAGUUUUCAGAUUGAGAGAUUUUGCUGAGAUUUUCCCAUUAUCUGGGUCUGGGAAAGUUCUAGAUUCAGUAUUAUUAGCUUUAUCUCUUAUUUUUACAUCACCUUGGUAUGUUUAUAAAGAUCAUUCUUCAAAAGAAAAUUUGAAGGAUAAAAGAUCUCUAAAUACCAUAAGAACUACAAGGAGCAAUUUUUUGAAUGCUCCAAUUAACUAUUUCAGACAAAUCAGCUCUCAAGAAAGUACAAAUGUUCAGUUUUUCAUCAAAUAUUUAUUCUUUAUGCUGCAAAUUAUUUCCCUAAUUUACUUAUUCGGAAUACUUUUUCUAAUAAGUGAGUACGAUUAUAUAUUCUUCUUAACAGGAUUAAUCAUUACAGCCACACUCUGUUCAAGUGUAAGAAUAUACUACACACAUAAUUUCGUCUCCAGUUACUGUAACAAAUAUUUUUGUGGAUUCUCAAAAGAAUAUUACUUAUAUAAUUAUUACUAUUACAAAAAAUCUGUGGAAAAUAGGAAAAACAUCAGAAAUAUAUAUUCAAACCUUUUAAAAAGUGCAAUAAACUCAAACAACCUAAUUCAUAGUAACCAAAUCGGGCAAAACAAUAAUGACAAUGAUUUUGAAUAUGACAAUACCAUCAAUAAACAUUCCAAUAAUGAAGUUGGUAUUAACAGUGAAGUACUAAUUUACAAUAACCAAAUAAAAAUUUCUUCAAAUAUAAUUUCACCAAAAAAAUAUUCAAGUCCAAAAUCUCAUACAAAAAACAACAAACUUUAUAUGGACAUAAUACCGGAGUUGCAUGCACAAGAGCAUCAGAGUUCUGGCGGGAAUUUAAAACCACAUCUUAAUAAGGGUUUAUCGAAAUCAAGUUAUACAGCUCUUAAUUACUACAACAGUUUAGGAGGGGUUAAUCAUAUUCACAACAAUAAUGAUGCAAAUAAUUCUUCAGUUAUUUCUCAACUAGAUUCUUCAACAUCUAAUAUUUCGUCACCAAAUACUACAUGGCUUAACAUGUUGGGGAUCUCAUCCUCAAACGUGACAAAUAUUGAUUCAAUAACAUAUUCUCCUUUAAAUUCAUCUUCAUCAAAUUCAUUGAUAAAUUUCAAAAAUAGCUUAGCUUAUGAUGAAAACAUAAUCUCAGAUUUUUUUUUUGAGGAUUCAAAAUCUACUGAUUCAAUUUCAGAAAUAUUUAAGGAAGAAGAUUAUAUACAUUUUGGUAGAAGAAAAAGAUCAAAUCAAGAUUACUCAAAGGUAAAAAAAGUUAAAGAGAUGAAAAAGAGUUCAAUUAAAAAUAAAAAAUAUAUGAACUUGCGUAAUAUAUUAUCAAUUCAUUCAGGUGUUUUAACUGAUGGUAAAUCUAACCAUAAAAGUUUAAAAUCAACCUUGGAUCAAAGUUAUAGAUCUCCUUCUAUAUUUAAAACGGAUAAGAUUGAUGUUAAUACUGAUUUGAAUGGUUCAAAAUUUUCAUCGGCAGAUUUUUCAAAGCCAUCCCUUGGAAUAACAGAUGAUAAGUUUUACUCAUUUUUGAAUGGUCCAGCAAUUAGAAUCAAUCAAAACACCUUAACAAACAAACGUUUUAGAUCUGUUUUGUCUAAUUACACUAACAGGAUCAGAUUCUCAUGUAAAGUAAAUCAUAACAAGGAGGACACUAUAUCUAAUGAAUCAAACAUAUAUACAAAUGGCAAACGUCAAAAAAGAAUUCCUGGCAUUAGUAAUAACUUUAAUUAUUAUAAGAACUAUAACCAUAUCAAGAAACCUAUUAAAUUGAAAAAAUUUAAGAGUAUUAUUUCAAGUACAGAUGAUCAUUUAAGUUGUGAUAAUAUUAAGACUAAUAUUGGAAAUUUUGUAACUAAUAAUCAGAUUCAUAAACCAUUAUACCGUUUAGUGGAUGAAGUCAGUUAUAACACUCCACAUGAAUACUUUAAUGUUGUAAUUAUUUGCAAGUUAAUAAGCUGUAUGGUAGCUAUGUCAUCAAAUAUAUCAGUAACACUUUUUAAGAGCAACUCAUAUCUAAUAAGAGAUUCAACUUUGUAUUUUCUUCACAACAGAUCUCCAAUGACUGUUUACAUUAUUGAAUGUAUCUUUACAUAUUGGAUUUCAAACUUAAUUUUUGAGAUUUUAAAAGGAUUAAUUAUUCUUUUAUUUUUUGUGAAACAGAGAAAAAGACUUUGUGGUGUUUUGGUUCAACACAUUCCAACUCAGUUUAAGUACUCAAAUGUUCAAGAAUUUAUUCAAAUUGUUAGUUAUUGGAGAAGUGCAAUUCAACACAUCUUAUAUAAGAAUACAAAACUUUGGACAACUUUCUUGAAUUUUACUGUAUCUAUUAAUACUUUAAUUUUUUUUGGCAUCGGAAAAAUUAUGUUCUUUUUAAUAUAUAACAAAAAGAAUAAAAUCUUAAAUACUCAGGUUUUAGAUCUUUCAUCUUCCAUUAUAAUGGCUAAAAAAAACUCAGGUUUAAACCAAAAUCAAAAUACAUUAUGGUCUUUUGAUUCAAUAAGCAACUUUGCUUAUUCUUUUGACCAGGAUGUCUCAAAAUUAUUAUUCACAUCUUCAGCUCCCAUAAGAAAAGAAGGAAUCAGUACUAAUUUGUUAAAUGAACUAGAUUCAGGACUAACAGAAGAUCAUUAUAUGCAUAAAUUCUACAAAAGUAGGCCUGUUUCAGCAAAUAAUCAUCAAUUUAUGGAUUCUAUUUCAAAUAUUGAUAAUAUUUUAAAUUCUAAUAUUAAAGAUACCUAUAUAAUAAACCAAUAUGAUGAUUUAUCAAUGAUUGAUUUUAACAGUCAUUAUUAUACUAAUGGCAUGGAAGGUACCAGUAAUUUGAUUGAUAAUAUAAAUUUUAUUAGACCAAUACAUUCUACUAUAAACAAUCCAGUUAUUUCAUCUUCAUUAUUAACAUACUCAAAUGCAGCAAGCAUUUCAAGUAUUAAAACUACAGCGCUUUCUUUUAUGUUAAAUAUUCCUCAAUAUGCAGCUUCAUAUUUGUCAUAUCAAGGAUCAAUUUCUUCAUCUUCAGAAAAUAAUAUGGUGAAUACUUAUUCAAACUGUGAAACAAUUUUUUUAACAAUGGGAGUAGUUAUGUUUAUCUUUUCUUCAUACGUAAUAAGAUUGCUGUAUCAAAUAAACAGAUCAUCUGUGAGAACUCACUCUUGGCUACAAAAUAUUCUACAUAGAACUCCACCUGGAGCUGGAAUUUAUAUUGUAAUAGAGAAAGUUUUACUUGUAAUUAACUCAACACCUCCUGUUCUUAAAAUAUGCGGAUUUGAUAUAACAGAAAAGUUAUCCGGGUUCUUUCUUUAUAUUUUUACUCCAAUUGCAAUAUUAACUUUUUCUAGGUUUACAACCACUUGA